CUCUGCUCACCCCAGGAAGCCCAAAUGGGAGGAGGAGGAGAUGGAGGAAGACCUCGGGGAGGAUGAAGAGGAGGAGGAGGAUUACGAGGAUGAGGAUGAGGAGGAGGACGAGGAGGGGCUGGGGCCCCCAGGCCCUGCCAACUUGGGCCCCACAGCGCUGUUCCCCCGAAAGGCCCAGCCACCCCAGGCCUUCCGAGGCGAUGGCGUUCCCAGGGCGCUGGGGGGCCAGGAGCGGCCGGGGCCUGGCCCUGCCCACACCGGAGGGGCCCACGUAGCUCCGCAGCUGCAGCCGCCUGACCACGGGGACUGGACGUAUGAGGAGCAGUUUAAGCAGCUCUACGAACUCGACGGGGACCCCAAGAGGAAGGAAUUCCUGGAUGACUUGUUCAGCUUCAUGCAGAAGCGAGGGACGCCUGUGAACCGUAUCCCCAUCAUGGCCAAACAGGUCCUUGACCUGUUCAUGCUGUACGUGCUGGUGACGGAGAAGGGCGGCCUCGUGGAGGUCAUCAACAAGAAGCUAUGGCGCGAGAUCACCAAGGGCCUCAACCUGCCCACGUCCAUCACCAGUGCGGCCUUCACCCUGCGGACCCAAUACAUGAAGUACCUGUACCCCUACGAGUGUGAGAAGCGGGGCCUCAGUAACCCCAAUGAGCUCCAGGCAGCCAUAGACAGCAACCGACGGGAGGGCCGGCGCCAAAGCUUUGGGGGCUCCCUCUUUGCCUACUCGCCAGGUGGGGCGCACGGCAUGCUCUCCUCACCCAAGCUGCCCGUGUCCUCCCUGGGCCUGGCCGCAAGCACCAACGGCAGCUCCAUCACCCCCGCCCCUAAGAUCAAGAAAGAGGAGGACUCAGCCAUCCCCAUCACGGUCCCUGGCCGCCUGCCUGUCUCCCUGGCAGGCCACCCUGUGGUGGCAGCCCAGGCAGCAGCUGUGCAAGCAGCAGCCGCCCAAGCAGCUGUGGCCGCACAGGCAGCCGCCCUGGAACAGCUGCGGGAGAAGCUGGAGUCUGCGGAGCCUCCUGAGAAGAAGAUGGCCCUGGUGGCUGAUGAGCAGCAACGGCUGAUGCAGCGGGCACUCCAGCAGAACUUCCUGGCCAUGGCGGCCCAGUUGCCCAUGAGCAUUCGGAUCAACAGCCAAGCCUCCGAGAGCCGCCAGGACUCCGCUGUGAACCUCACAGGCACCAACGGCAGCAACAGCAUCAGCAUGUCCGUGGAGAUCAAUGGCAUCAUGUACACAGGAGUUCUGUUUGCUCAGCCGCCGGCCCCCACACCACCCUCUGCUUCCAACAAAGGUGGUGGUGGCGGCAGCAGCAGCAACGCAGGCGGCCGGGGAGGAAACACCGGAACCAGUGGUGGCCAGGCCGGGCCAGCAGGGCUGUCUGGACCCUCCACAUCUACCUCAAAUAACUCGUUGCCUUAACCGCAUCACUCCCCACCCGCCACCCACCCCGGAGCCCGCCGGCCUGGGCAGGGGGUCCAGGUGGGCCACGCAGGGGCCAGGAUGGCGGAAGAUACGGGUGGGGAGGGAAGAUACCCAGAAAGGAGCCACAGCUGACGCCAAAAAGAAGAGAAAAAAAUAUAUAUAUAUAUACGUAUAUAUAUAAAGAAAAUUUAAUAAAACAGGGGAAAACCAAGGAACACUUGAAUUUCUCAGGUUUUGGACAUUCAGAGAGAUGAAUUGUGAGAACAGCAAAGGAAAUCCAUCAGAAAAACAGAAAGAGGCAGACGUUUCUCAGGGCAUUCCGGCAGCCCUGAUGGACCGAAGGCUCUGGUGUCUGGUUCGGCCCCACUGCAGCGUGGGCCGAUCCCAUUUACCUCAAACAUCCCUGCACUGUGUGUUUUCAUUUUUGUCUGCUUUAGUUCUCUUUUAGUUUCUAUUCACCACACACUCACCACUCCCAGCUUCUCGUGUCCAGUGAGACCCCUGAACUAAGAUCACUGAAUUUUUUUUUUUUCUUGUUGCUUUGGGAAAUGUUUUUUUUUUUUUUCUCCAUAGGGUUUUUAAGAGGUUUCAGGGGUUUUGUUGUGUAAAUAUUCUAUUUUAUUCUUGGGGGGAUCAAACCUUAGGAAAAGGAUAUCUAUAUAUCUAUAUAGCUAUAUAUUUGUGUUCCUUCAGGGAAACUGGUCUUGAAAAAGCAAGAAAAAAAA